UUCUGGAAAUAACCAUGCCAUCCCUUGCUUUAGUUGACUUCUCUACCGUAAAUGUCUGGUGUAGCUAUAAAUCAGUACUAUUGUGAUGCUCUAUGUUUGCUCAGGAUUUGUUCUUGCCGUUUGUUCUUUUUCUUGAGGGAGUCUAUUGCAAAUUAUAUUCUUAUUAAAUAUGUACAGGGACAUAUGUCGAUGGUACCAUACCGAUUGACAUUGAUGCUACCUAUUAUCUUGAUGUUGAUCUGCAAACGCACAUAUCGACACUGUUUCAACACUUGGUUAAUGCUGCAGUUUGUGGUAUACUGAGCAUAGAUUUUUCCGAUUCAGCUGGCCUUUCAAGUACUGAGCUACAGAUUGUAGGAUCCAUCAGUUUUUUUCUUCAUGGCAUGUUGCACUACAGUAUUACUGAUGAUGGAAUAAUGACUGAGCUGGUGCAUACCACUGAAAUCGUUCCUGCACUAUGGAAUUUUAUAAAGAGCUGCCAUACAAACGAUAAAUGGCAGUUUUUUUCCAAGUAUUGUUCUCAAUUGCUUCCACACGCUCCUGGUUGGCUAUUACCUUUGUCCAUUUUCUGUCCAAUGUACAGCCAUAUCUUACAGUUUAUGGAUAUUGUGGAAUUUAAGAAAUUUGAAAGAUAUGUUUCUCUUGAAGAUUUGCCGUCUCUUGUUUUCAUCUUAAAGGAGGCUUUAUGGGAACUUCUGUUGACUAUUCCUCUGCAAUCAUCUUCUUUACAGACGACAUGCAGUCCUCUAGAUAAUAAGAAAAUGUUGACUCAGAUUCUCAAGAGCAGUGUUACGAAUGGAUUAUGUGAAUUACUUAUACAGUUAGAGAAUUGGAAUAACAUGGACCAAUUUGUUCCUCCUAUUGGUUUCUGUUCUACAAAAGCUAUUAGUGAUGAGUUUGCCUCUCAGGCACUUAUUGUGGGAACACAUGAAGCAGAAAUUAUAAGGCUUGCUCCGUUUUUGGUACCUUUUGAAACAAGACUUGAGAUAUUUCAAUUACGUUUGGAAGCAGACCAUUUGCUCAUGGGAAACUCUAGACAAUAUUUUGGGUCUCGUACCCUGGAAAUAAGCAGAACCAAUCCGUUGAAAGAUGCUUUUAAUAAGAUAAACUUUCUCUCUGCAGAAGAUCUUAAAGGAAGGAUUCAAAUAGUUUUUUUCAAUGAGCAUGGCAUGAAGGAAGCUGGAGUUGAUGCUGGUGGAAUUUUUAGAGAGUUCAUGAACAUUAUCACCGAGUCUGCAUUUAGUUUGGAGUCUGGCUUAUUCAAGGAAACAGCGGAUCAUUUGUUAUAUCCCAACCCUGAAUCGAAGUUGGCUCAUGCAGAUCGUCUGCAGUAUUUUCAUUUUCUUGGAGUUCUACUUGGGAAGGCAAUGUAUGAAGGGAUAACAGUUUGCUUGCCAUUUACAAUAUUCUUCUUAAGGAAGUUGAAACAGAAGGAAACAUUCUUUAAUGAUUUGUUUUCACUUGACCCAGAAUUAUAUCGCACUCUAGUGAAUAUGAAGGAUUCAGAUGAUCUCUCCUAUCUUUAUUUCAUUGCACCGGAUGGUAAAGAACUGUUUCCUGGCGGGGCAAGGAUGCAUGUUACUGCUCAUAAUGUUACUACGUAUAUGCAUCUUGUUGCCAACUACCAGUUAAACUGCCAGAACCGUGUGCAAACUGCACAGUUUGUGAGAGGUUUUCAACAACUUAUACCCAAAGAAUGAACUGAUAUGUUCAAUGAACAUGAAUUUCAGCUCCUCAUAUCCGGCUCUCUGAGCUUGAAUGUAGAAGACCUUCAGUUGAACACAAACUAUAGUGGAGAAUAUCAUAUGGAUCAUGUGGUUGUUGUUAUGUUCUGGAAUGUAUUAAGGAAAUUUAGUGGAUGUGAUCAAGAACGGUUUCUCAUGUUCGUAACCGGAAGUGCUCGUGGUCCGAUUAGGGGUUUUGGAACCUUGAAUCCGAAGUUUGGCAUCAAGAGUUACGGGGAUGAUCCAAGCCGACUGCCUUUAGCAUCUACAUGCUUUAAUCAGUUGCAUCUCCCUCCUUAUCAAACAGAGGAACAAAUGCAUGCAAAGUUGAUUCAAGCAAUAUCUUCGAAGUCAGGAUUUGAUCUAAUGUGAUCGUUUGGGAACCGAUAGAUGUAGAAUCUAAAUAGUUAGACAAAAACCCUCUUUAUGUGGAUGUGCAUAGCGCCCCUGUCAUGUUAUGUGCUGUUGAAGAAGCUUUAAGACUGUUCUGGUGCUAGUUGGCCACGGCCGUGCAACAUUAGUUGACUUUUUUUUAUGACAAUCAAUACCAUAUAUCUAUAUAUAUACCUACAGUUAUCUAU